GCCAGGAGAGCUCACAUACAUAAGGGUCCAACCCACACCUAGCCUGGCACAUAGUAGAGGCUUUCCUCACUGAAAAGCUCAGGGGAGUCAUGAACGGGUUAAACCCCAGUGGCCCCAUGGAAUUUCCUGGCUUGGGGGCCCUGGGGACCUCAGAAUCCCUACCCCAGUUUGUGGAUCCUACUCUGGUAUCCUCAACACCAGAAUCCGGGAGUUUCUUCCCCUCUGGGCCUGAGGGCUUGGAUGCAGCAGCCUCCUCUACUGCCCCAAGCACAGCCACUGCUGCAGCCACUGCACUGGCCUACUACAGGGACACUGAAGCCUACAGACAUUCCCCAGUUAAGUUCAGACCUGGGAAUGCCAAUGCUCCUGGAGAAGCACAUUUGGAAGUAUGUGUCUUUCAGGUGUACCCAUUGCUCAACUGUAUGGAGGGGAUCCCAGGGGGCUCACCCUAUGCUGGCUGGGCUUAUGGAAAGACAGGGCUCUACCCUGCCUCGACUGUGUGCCCAAGCCGUGAGGACCCCCCUCCCCAGGGCCUGGAAGAUCCAGAUGGGAAGAGCAGCACCACCUUUCUGGAGACCCUGAAGACAGAGCGGCUGAGUCCAGACCUCCUCACCCUGGGAACUGCCCUGCCUUCAUCACUCCCUGUCUCCAGCAGUGCUUAUGGAAGCCCUGACUUUUCCAGUCCCUUCUUUUCUCCCACUGGGAGCCCCUUCAAUUCAGCAGGCUAUUCCUCCCCCAAGUUUCAUGGAAGCCUGUCCCUGCCCCCCUGUGAGGCCAGGGAGUGUGUGAACUGUGGAGCAACAGCCACUCCACUGUGGCGGAGGGACAGGACAGGCCACUACCUGUGCAAUGCCUGUGGUCUCUAUCACAAGAUGAAUGGGCAGAACAGGCCCCUCAUCCGGCCAAAGAAGCGCCUGAUUGUUAGCAAACGGGCAGGUACUCAGUGCACUAACUGCCAGACAACCACCACAACACUGUGGCGGAGAAAUGCCAGCGGAGACCCUGUAUGCAACGCCUGUGGCCUCUACUACAAGCUACACCAGGUGAACCGACCUCUGACCAUGCGGAAGGAUGGUAUCCAGACUCGGAACCGCAAGGCAUCUGGAAAAGGGAAAAAGAAGAGGGGGUCAAGUCUGGGAGGAGCAGGAGCAGCAGAAGGACCAGCUGGUGGCUUCAUGGUGGUAGCUGGCGGCACCAGUAGCGGAAAUUGUGGGGAGGUGGCUUCAGGCUUAACACUGGGUAACCCGGGUACUACCCAUCUCUACCAAGGCCUGGGCCCCGUGGUGCUGUCAGGGCCUGUUAGCCAUCUCAUGCCUUUCCCUGGCCCCCUGCUGGGAUCACCCACAGGCUCCUUCCCCACAGGCCCUGUGCCUCCCACCACCAGCACCACUGUGGUGGCUCCACUCAGCUCUUGAGGGCACAUGGCAUGGCCUCAGGUAAGGGGUGGUAUCCUUCUCUUUUUUGAGACAGGGUCUCACUGGGUAGCCCAGGCUGGCCUCAAACUCUAGGUCCUCCUGCCACAGUUCCCAAAUCCUGGGAUUUUGGCCUGGGAUUAUAGAUAUGUACCACCAUGCCCAGCUCCCCCCUCCUCUUCUAGCCAGCAGUCUUUAUAACCCAACCCCUGGGCUGCAGACAACCCCACCUGUACCUUCAAAGCUUUUGUAAAAUAAAACCACCAAA